GCAAUUAACUGUGCAACGAUCUUCAACUCUGAUAUCCUAUCCUCAGUCCUGCCGACUAGAAGUCUGCCCAUUAAUCAAUAGAAACAGGUCCAUGUAGCUAUCAAUACCUGCUGGAUCAUGAUCUGCCCCUCACAUCGCCAAGGCUCGUGUCAGCUCGCUUGGACCUUCGUGUGUUCAGUUUACCCCUCCAUUGUAUCAUUUGAGGAGCUGAGCAACCGCGAUAGCCUAGCAUUUGGUUUGGCCAACGUGAGUCCGACAAUAAAAUACUUCAAAUUCUCAUCUGUCCUUCUGUCGGUCUCUGCAGCAGGUAAACAUUCGCAACCAUGGCUACUGUAACGGAAAAUGGCCGUAUUGCGCAGGGUGAGGAAGACUCGGCUCAUGAGCCAUCCUUCUAUGACCAGAAGGACGCUCGCCAGGUCAUGGGGAAGAUCUUCAGUACAAACUUUGCAGUCAUGGUAGCUGGACUGAAUGACGCUGCCACCGGUGUUCUGAUACCAUACAUCCAACCAACGUACCAGAUAGGCUUGCUUCAAGUCUCAUUUAUAUACCUUGUGAAUUUUGCCGGCUGGCUCUGCGCCUGUUUCGCCAACAUCCAUGUCUGCUCCAGACUAGGGACGGGAGGAACGUUGGUCCUUGGCGCAACCAUCCAAUGCAUCGGAUAUGCACUGAUGUUCUGGCAUCCGCCCUAUCCUCUCUUUAUGGCCGCCUUCUUUUUUUCAGGAGCGGGCGUCGCUUUUCAGGAUGCGCAGGCCAAUGCCUUCACUAUCACGGUGAAAAACUCUCAUAGGUGGCUUGGCAUACUUCACGCUAUUUACGGCUUAGGAACAAUCAUUGCUCCGUUAAUUGCGAACACAAUCGCCUCGCAGACGCCGGAAUGGCAUCAUUACUACUUGAUCACAUUAUGCGUGGGUGUAUUGAAUAUCUUGUCUCUGUGUUGGACAUUCAGGCGGGGGCUUUUCCAGCCUAACGUGCGGAACGCGAAGGAGACGGCCGGUAGUGAAUUGAGAGCUACGCUAGCAAACCGGUCGGUAUGGAUCCUGAACGGAUUCUUCUUCCUUUAUGCUGGUGCGGAGGUGGCUUCUGGUGGGUGGAUUGUCCAGUUCAUCGUCUCAGUGAGGCAUGGCGACCCAAAGAAGGUAGGCUAUAUCGCCUCCGGGUUUUGGACAGGUUUUACCGUUGGUCGAGUUCUUCUCGCGGACGUCACCCAUAGAUUUGGCGAGCGCCGAAUGGUCUUUGUUUAUCUCGUCCUGGCGGUGAUGAUGCAGCUCAUGUUCUGGUUUGUCCCGAGCAUUCCUGUUAAUGCUAUCGCGGUUUUCCUCUUGGGGUUCUUUAUCGGACCGUUUUACCCUGUUGGGUUGUACGUUCUCACCGAAAUCGUUCCCCAAGAGCUUCAUGUCGGGGCAAUAGGUUUCACUGCGAGUCUAGGACAAGCUGGUUCUGCCGCUUUUCCUUUCAUGACAGGUGCAAUAGCCUCGAAAGCUGGUGUCCAAGUCUUGCAACCGAUUAUGGUCGGUUUGCUGAUUGGCAUUGGCAUUUUCUGGGCUUUUAUUCCCAAGCAGGGGUCCAUAAGGCUCGAGGACGACGAGAACGAUCGACUUAUAGAAAAUUAGAAUAAGCAGGCGAUGGACUUGUUGAGAUGGUUGAUCUGAAUUCGGAAGUGGAUCCUACACUAGAUUUGAACAUUGCAUUGGUAUAUUGUUUGUCUGUCUAGUUGUUUUCUAUAGACCUCAUACAAGAUUGAACCCGGGGACGGAACACUAAGGCGUUUGAUAUAAAAGAUGCCCCUGAUGUCACCUCAGGAAUGAUUCAGUUGGUUCAUCAAAGAGUGGGUUUACCCCGACGUUGCUGCGCAAGCCGCGGUGAGACUGACAUUCAUGUCUAUGGCUCGCUUUGUGUGGCUUAUAGGUU